UCACAGGCCAGCUUAGAAAGUAUUCUGCAGAGGGGGUGGGGCUGUUGUCGCGCUAGUGGAGGUUUCCGGUGCAGCUAUGUGGUAGCAGAGAAGUUAGUGCGUAAAGAUAACGGAGCUUGUGAAGCGAACUUGCGUGCGGGUUUUCGACGGUUCCCGAGGGAUGGGUGCGUGGUCUAAACCGUUUAGGCUCCUCCCAUUUAUGAUGACGUAGACUAAUACUUUGUAGCGUAAUGACUGGGAAAUGCAGAUGCGGCGCAGAGCCCUAGGAGUGAGCUCGAACAACAAAUUUAUUUUUCCUGCACUUAAUAGUGGAGUUUUAAAGAAAUAAAGAGAAAAAAAAGUCUAUCCGUGAUACUGAUUUUACUAUGUCAAAUCCCCUCAAGCAAGUUUUUAAUAAGGACAGAACAUUUCGUCCCAAAAGAAAAUUUGAGCCAGGCACGCAACGAUUUGAAUUGCAUAAGAAAGCUCAAGCGUCACUCAAUGCAGGAUUAGACUUAAAAUUGGCUGUCCAGCUGCCUCAUGAGGAGGACCAGAAUGAUUGGGUGGCAGUUCAUGUUGUGGAUUUCUUCAAUCGCAUCAAUCUAAUCUAUGGUACAAUCAGCGACAGCUGCACAGAGCAAUCCUGUCCGGUGAUGUCUGGAGGUCCUAAGUAUGAAUACCGGUGGCAAGAUGAAAAUCGAUAUCGCAAACCCACAGCACUUUCUGCUCCAAAAUACAUGAAUUUAUUAAUGGAUUGGAUAGAAGUUCAGAUAAACAAUGAAGAUGUUUUCCCUACAAAUGUUGGCACUCCCUUCCCAAAGAAUUUUCUGCAAGUUGUUAAGAAAAUCUUAUCCAGGCUUUUUCGGGUAUUCGUUCAUGUUUACAUUCAUCAUUUUGACAGGAUAAUACAAAUGGGAGCAGAAGCUCACGUUAACACUUGCUACAAGCAUUUUUACUACUUUGUAACAGAAUUUCAUCUGAUAGACACCAAGGAACUUGAGCCACUGAAAGAAAUGACAUUAAGGAUGUGCCACUGAGAUGGGAUUUUCCUUUCCUCGUUUUACACCUCCCUUUGUUACCUGUGGAAGCUAACUGCUGAGAUUUGCCCCUCUGCAACAGAGGGCUGCUUGGGAGAAGAGACUCUUUUACCCUUUUAUGAUGACUGGUUCAGAGUAUUUGAUGUAUUUUUAAUCUAUUUUUGAUAGUGUACACAUCUUUUAAGCUGUGAUAACCGAUGGCACCCUUCUAAAGUUGUACAUUUCUGUGUCUUAAGAUUUUAUUUUUAUAUCUUGGCAUUCCAGAUAUUUUGUUUACUGUUUAGGCUUUUCUAUUAAUGCAAUAAUUCCAUGUCUGUACUAUACAAAGUAUCUCAGGUUCCUGCAGUUGUCAAUUACAUUUUUACUGGUUUGUAUCACAUUUACUGCCAGACAAACUGUAUUGAUUUUAAACUCUUUGUUUUGGUCUUUGUGAGAUAACCAUGCUUAAUUCAAAUAAAAUAUUUUCUUCACUGA